GUCAGAUAAAAUGUUCGUAUAUAAAAUGGAAUGUCUGUAGCUGUAUCAUCACAUUAACAGUGUUGAUUGAUUGCACACAGACAGCAAUGAGUUUGAGUCGCGUGGCUGUUUUCGCCUCCAUCUUGGUUUGCUACUAUGUCAGUAUUGUAGCUAUACCAGCUGGGGAUACAACAGCGACGGCUGCUGCAAGUGCCGCAUCGACAGCAAAAUCCUCUGCAGAUAAAUCGAAUGCACAGGCAGUUGCCGCAAGUAACUCUACAGCAACCACAGUCACCAAUACUACGACGACAACGACUACUGCUGUCGCCGCCUCUAAUGCAACUUCUAAUGCCACAACUGCUGGUGAAGAUUGUAAAGAAGACACAGCUGCAAAUGCUAAUGCAACUUCAAAUGCCGUAGCAUCAAGCGCAGCGUCAGGUAACGGAACAGAUUCGAGUGCUAACGCUACUUCAACUGCUGCAGCAUCUAGUGUAGCUUCUGGCAAUGAAGCUGCUUCAAAUGCUAGUGCUGCUUCAACAGCUGCAGCAUCUAGUGUAGCUUCUGGCAAAGAAGCUGAUUCAAGUGCUAAAGCUGCUUCAACAGCUGCAGAAUCUAGUGCAGCUUCUGGCAAUGGAACAGAUUCAAGUACCAAUGCCGCUUCCACAACCGCAUCGCCAAGUGCGACUACGGCAAAGGACGCAGAUUCAGACGCUACGAGCACUACUCCAGCAUCGGCUAAUUGUACAAGUACAACCGUAGCUCCAACAGCCAGUUCUAAUGACAGUGAAGAAGAUACUGGAAAAUCUUCCACGACGUGCGCACCAACUGAAAAUGCGGAUGCGACCGCCACGGCUGCAGCUUCGGCUGCAUCUUCAGCUGCCACAAAGGCCUAAGCAUAAAAAUUCAAUAGUUUCAUUUCAUUCAUUUACUUCUGUAAAUUUUGUCAUUCAUAUCGUGCUAUGUAUAAUAUAUGUAUACCAAAAAUGUUAUAAGCAUUGAUUUCAUUCAGAUUAAUUAUUACAGUAUUACUGUUACGGUAUUUUAAUUUAUUAUCUACUUAAUAAAUAGUUUUUAAAUACGAAAUAAGAACAAAUAUAUAAAUUUAACAUUAUGUUGUACAACAAAAUGUAAUCGCGUUUUUGUAUUCUUUCAAGUUUUUUUAUUAAAUGUUAUUUAUUUAAUA